AUGCGGAGGCUGCUGGACAACUGCCAGCGGAUCAUGGACGCCGUCUACUCCACCGCACCAAUGAUCCCCACCCCGUUCAAGGCGAUGAUGGCGCACCUGCGACAGGAGUGCGUGAAGCGUUUCCCGGACAGCUAUCACAAGUCCAUCGCCGGCUUCAUUUUCCUUCGUUUCUUCUGCCCGGCCAUCCUCUCGCCCGACUCCAACGGCAUCACCACAGUGCCGGUGUCACCCGACAGGCGUCGGCCUCUCGUGCUGCUGAGCAAGACGAUUCAGAAUCUGGCCAACGAAGUGCUCUUCGGUCAGAAGGAGCAGUUCAUGCUGCCCGCCAACGCGUUCAUCGAGGCCAACAAGGAGCGCAUCCAUCAGUUCUUCGACGAAAUCGCCACCGAGCCCGACAACCUGCUGGACUACACGCCGCUGCAGUCGCUGGAGCAGGUCAACAGCAAGCACCUGCCCGACAUCCAUCAUCACGUGGUGAAGAACUUGACCAAGAUCGCGCAGUCGCUCAUCACCUACGACCAGAAGGAGUCCAUCCCGCUGCUCGCCCACAUCCUCGCCCAACUCGACGACGAGUCCGAUCCGCUCCAGCCGCAAUGA